CGCGUCGAGUCGCGGAGCUCGCGAUCACCAGUCUCGCUCGCGCGCCCGACCGGGCAGGACCUGGGUGUGGUGUGCGGCGUUAGUAUAUGAUCGAUCGUGGGGAAUCGACGAGCGUGUUCGUCGUCGUCGUUGUGGUGUCAUCGAUCAGCGAUUGUCCCCGAGAUGACAUCGUGGCUGCGUCAACCCCGUUGAAGCCUCCCUCCUGCCUCCGUCGAUGAAGCGGCCUCAGGAUGAUGCAGGACAUCCCUGGCGGCCCCACCGACGACCAACGUGCCUCGUCCAAGUCGGUACUGCUCAACACCUUCGUCGUGAAGAAGAAACGCUGCCGCGUGUACUUUCAUCGUGGCACGCUCAUCUGGGAGACCGAGCGACCGCCUUACACCAGAUGGACCCUGCCCUUGACGGACGUUCUGGCGGUGCGCUACGGCGACGACUGGAUAUCGGGUGUGAGUAUUAAGGAGAAGCAGCCGGAGCAGACGACCUCGCCGACUACGGUGUGCCCGACGAAUUUCAUCCUGCACUACGCCGUGCGCGGAUCCAAGAACAAAUGGAGGCACCACAGCGUGACGAUGAGCCACACGGAUCCCAGGCAGGUCGCCUCGUGGGUGAAGACCAUUCGCAAUUACCUCCUAGGUCUGACGUAUCGGCCGCGAAAGAUAAUGCUAUUUAUCAAUCCCACUGGCGGUAAGAAAAAGGGUGUCAAGAUCUGGGAGAAGGAUGUUCAACCACUCAUGACCAUCGCUGGCAUCGAGACAAAGAUGAUGGUCACGGAGCGUGCAGGCCACAUUCGCGACGCUCUGCUCACGGCCGACUUGAGUGACCUACAUGGUACACUGCCAAUUACUGAAGGUCUACACGAGACGGACUCAGGAAUCGUCUCGAGACCCGACGUGCCUCAGCUGUUCUACGUGAACGAGUUAGAACAAGGUCGUCGAACGACCGGUCUUUCAAGGCUACAGAUUCCAUUCGCGACCAACUUUCGAAGCCGCAAAGUUCCUUUGUCUUGCCCUAUGAUUAUAAUAUCUUACGUUUGA